GCUCUCGUAGUGGGAUUCUACCAUGCAUUUAUUCCUAUGUCUCUCUAUUGGGCAUCAUUGAUUUACAAGAAAAAUAACAAUUAACAAAUUUCCCUCAUGUUGGACUAUCAUGCAUGAUGGAAGCGAAAAAGCAGUUUCAGUUGUCUCAUGAGGAUAAUAAUAUUUUUACCUUUGCAAGGAUUCCAAAUUUGCAAUUUUGAGUUUUUUUCCUGCAAGCCCCUGAAAAAUUGGCUGUGGCACCCAUGAUCUCUUUAAAGCAUCAGAACAACAAUAGCUCAGCUUCAGAGGAUCUGGGGUGUAGGAGAGGAGAGUUCAGCCGGAAACACUAUGGAUCGGUUGAACUGCUCAUCUCCAGUGAUGCAGACGGAGCCAUACAGAGAGCUGGGAGAUUCAGGGUGGAGAACGGUUCACUAGAUGAGACCUCUGACUACACGCCCGCAACAUGGAGGAGAACUGACGUCCAUUUGGAGAACCCCGAGUACCACACCAGAUGGUUCUUCAAAUACUUCCUGGGAAAAGUCCAUCAGAACUAUGUGGGAACAGAUGCAGAGAAGAACCCCUUCUUUCUGUCUGUGGUCCUGUCAGAUCAGAACAACCAGAGGAUCCCACAGUAUCGAGCCAUCCUCUGGCGCAAGAUGGGUACUCUAAAAAUCAGCCUUCCAUACAGUCCAACAAAAUCCCUAUCAGUCAAAUCUAUAUUAAGUGCCAUGAAUGUGGAUCGUUUUGAGAAGGGCCCCAGGGAGAUCCUUAACCCAGAGAUUCAGAAGGACUUACUGGUGUUGGAGGAGCAAGAGGGCAGUGUAAACUUUAAAUUUGGUGUUCUUUAUGCCAAAGAUGGACAAUUGACAGAUGAUGAAAUGUUCAGCAAUGAAACAGGAAGUGUGACCUUUGACAAAUUUUUGAAUCUCCUUGGAGACACGAUCUGUCUGCAGGGCUGGGCCGGGUAUAGAGGAGGACUGGACACUAAAAAUGGCACUACAGGAAUUAAUUCCAUCUACACAGUCUAUCAGGGUCAUGAGCUCAUGUUCCAUGUUUCCACAAUGUUACCUUAUUCUAAAGAGAACAAGCAACAGGUAGAGAGAAAGAGACACAUUGGGAACGACAUUGUGACCAUUGUGUUUCAGGAAGGAGAUGACGCCUCUCCGUCCUUCAAACCCUCAAUGAUUCGCUCCCAUUUUACACAUAUUUUUGCCUUAGUUCGAUAUAAUAGCCAGAAUGAUAGUUACAGGUUGAAGAUUUUCUCAGAGGAGAGUGUGCCACUGUUUGGCCCACCCCUCCCUUCUCCUCCAGUAUUCACAGACCAUCAGGAGUUCAGGGACUUUUUACUAGUUAAAUUAAUAAAUGGAGAAAAAGCCACUCUUGAAACCCCCACUUUUGCUCAGAAACGUCAGCGCACACUGGACAUGCUGAUCAGAUCCCUGUACCAGGAUCUCAUGCCAGAUAUGUACAAGGUUCCCUUCUCUCCACAGAACAUGCUGAACCGACGCUCCUUUAGUGAUGUACUGCCAGAGUCACCCAAAUCUGCCCGUAAAAAAGAAGAAGCACGUCAGGCAGAGUUUGUCCGGGUUGGACAGGCCUUGAAACUGAAAACCAUAGUUAGAGGGGAUGCACCCACCAGUCUAGUCACCACUGGCCUUUGCAGGAAAGAGCCAUGGGAGUCGCAGUCUUUCUGCAGCAGCUUCCCUUAUGAUAUAGUCUGUGGAGACUCGUGGGGACAGUCGUUACUGGUUGCCACGGAUUCAGCAGGGGUCAUGCUCCUGGAAGCCUCAGAUCCACUAUUCUCCAAUGCAGAUUCCCCAACCUUGCCUCCGGUGCAGGUAUUUGACAAAACCCUGACCAUCAAACAAAUGCAUGUACUGGAACCUCAGGAUCUCCUCAUUGCAAGAGCAGAUAAGGGGAAAGAUGCACGUCUGUAUGUCUACAGACUGAGCAUGCUCAAACGAGGGAUAGAGGAGCGGCAGCUUGUCCGCACCAAGUGUGACAGUCGAGAGAACAAGCUUGAGAAAACCAAAGGCUGCUAUCUUUAUUCCAUAAACACACAUCAUGGGGUGGAGCUUAGAAUCGUUGCAGCGAUAAGAAACAAGCUCCUUCUCAUCACCAGGAAACAGUCACGCCUCGAAUGCCUCGGCUCUAUCGCUACGGUGACAGGGACUUGCGACUCACCUGUGGAGGAGUUUCAAUACAUACGGGAGAUUUGCUUGUGUGACUCCCCGGUGGUCAUGGCAUUGGUUGAUGGCCCAACAGGAGAGAAUGAUCACAUGAUAUGUGUGGCCUACAAACAUCAGUUUGACUUGAUCAAUGAGAGCACAGGAGACGCCUAUAGACUACACCAUGUAGAUGCCACCCGGGUGAACUUUGUCGCUGCCAUAGAUGUGUAUGAAGAUGGAGAGGCUGGACUUUUACUUUGCUACAACAAUAUCUGUGUCUAUAAGAAGGUGUGUCCAUUUAAUGGAGCCACACCCAUGAUUCAGCCCAACUCCUCAGACUUCCAUUUCAGCUGGAACCAAAUGCCCAAUGCUAAUGUUUGUGCGUUCCCAUAUAUCUUGGCCUUCACCACUGAUUCCAUAGAGAUCCGGCUAGUUGUUAAUGGCAACCUAGUAUAUACAGCUGUUGUUCCAGAUCUACAACUAACUGCAUCCAGAUCUGAUAUCUAUUUCAUCUCGUCUGCACCUAUAAACUCUGCAUCUAACUGUAGCUCCAGAGACACUAGCUCCCAGAGUUCACCUCAGACUCCCACUGGCUAUGAAAUGCCUGUCUUCCCUUCACCACUUGGAGAUGAUUGUAUUCGGAUCCCUUACGGCACCAAGCUAUCCCUCUACAUGUCUAAAGACCCUGAAGGUGAAACUCCCUCAAAACACAUCUAUAAGAUCCCAUUGAGUAACCUCGUUGGACGGAGCAUUGAGAGACCGCUCAAGUCUCCAUUGGUCAAUAAAGUAGUCACAGCACCUGCUUCCAGUGUCAUAGCGCCUGCUCCCAUGAUCGCAAGCACACCUUCUCUCUCGCUGUCUCGCAUGGAGAUCAAAGAGAUCGCCAGCCGCACACGCAAAGAAUUGCUGGGUUUGACUGAGCAACCCAGCUGUAAGGCAGACAGUAAUUCAGUGAAACAGAGAAGAUUGAGCAAGAAAACCAAGGAGGACGAGCAGAAAAGAACAGCGGGGAGCACUACCACUGAACAAGUGGGCAUGGAGUCUGUAGAUGGAGAAACUGACGUCCACCUGCUUUGCUCAUUUCGCUCUGAGGUGGAGCCGCGAGAUGAGAGCCCACCCAUGGCCAGCCCUUUUACCUUCUCCACUUCUUUUGAGGAGGAUGAUUUGGACCUAAAGUGAUGACAAUCACUGUUCUUGAAUCACAGUGCAUCUCUCACCUUAUCACACAUCCUCCUGGCUUUUACUUUUUUAAUCAUCUAUUUAUCACGCUAUGUUGAAUUUGUGUGUCUUUCCUCAGUCUGCCUACUCAUCUGAAGUUGUAAAUGAAUCCCAGGGCUUUACACCUGAAGGAGUUUACAGUGUGGUGAUGUCUAUAUUCACUCCUUGAAGAUGUAUGCAUGUAUAACUAUGUGUGUAUGGCCCAGCGUUUACUGUAUAAAAGAGAACUUGAAAUUCAGGUGGUCUUUUGACAAAUGUUGACACCUCCCUGAAUAAUGUUUAAUUUAAUUUCUUUAGAAUGCUAACAAACAGAUCGGACAUCAGCUUAGGGAACAUUUGUAGCUUUUUAAGGCAUACUCCUAACCAUAUGAAGGAAAAAAAGGAUACUUAAAAUUUUGGGCUUGAAAGGUUUGAACCGUUCAAAGUCAAGACAAAUAUUAUUUUCACCUCAAGACCUGAAUGUAAGAUUGACGCACCUGAAAACUAUGAAAACAUAUUUUUGAAUUCCUUCUUUUGUGUUUUAAAUGUUUUCUAUGUUUGUGAUUUGUAAAUUGUGUGAUUAUUUCAAAGUUGUACAAAAUUAUAUAUGCAUCUCAGACCGGGUGCGCACAUGAAAAUACAAAUGUAAACGUGCAUAUAAAUAUAUACAGUUCUGUGAAAAAUGAUUUGCUCCAUCCUGAUUUCUUCUAUUUUUGUGUAUUUUCCACACUAAAUUGUUUUAGAUCUCCAAACAAGAUGUAACAUAAAACAAAGACAACCUGAGAAAACACAAAAUACAGUUUUCAUAAUAUAUAUAUAUAUAUAUAUAUAUAUAUAUAUGUUUUUAUUGAAACAAAAAUGUUAUCCAACACCUAUAUCACCCAUGUGAAAACUAACUUCCCCAUUAAACUUAAUAGCUGGUUGUGCCACAUUUAGCAGCCACAACUGCAACCAAUCACUUCCGAUAAUUGGAGACCAGUCUUUCACAAUGCUGUGGUGGAAAUUUGCUCCACUCUUCUUUAGUUCAGCCAUAUUUUGAGCAUGAACUACCCAUUUAAAGUCCUGCCACAGCACCUCAAUCGGGUUCAAGUCAGGUUCACUAGGCCACUCCAAAUCUUUAAUUAUGCUUCUUUUGUGCCAUUCAGAGGUGGAGUUUCUCCUAUGCUUUAGAUCAUUGUCUUGCUGCAUAAUCCAGUUGCGCUUGAGCUUCAUCUCACGGACUGCUGACCAGAUAUUCUCCUUUAGCAUUUUCUGGUAGAGAGCAGUACUUCUUGGUUACUGUCGUAACAUAUGUUCCCUGAUGGAGGGAACAAGAUGUUCCAAUGGGAAUUGUCGAGUGGAAUUUGCAUGGCACUCCCCAUCAGGGAAAGGAGGUUAUGACAGUUGUGUCGAUAUAGUGAAACUAGGGGGUCCCUAUAUGAAACGCCACAACUAGCUGAACUGUGUUACAUGGAUUGGUGAUGCAGGUGAAGGAAAGCCACUGCUUGCCUCGUAGCAAGCGCACCCGGCCCUCACGUAUCGUCCCCAGUGCUCCACGAGCGUCGUAUUGUCCCCCACAUCUUGGGCAUAUGCCGACUGCUCAUAAAAGGGACAGUCCGCACCAGCCAUGGCCUCUUCUCUUCUUUUUUUCUCUCCAAAAAGUGGAAAUCGUUCAGCUGGGGCCAUAAGCGUCCAUGUAGGGGGGGAGGGGGUCCUUUCCCAAGGAGAAAGACACCGCGGAGACCACAUCCUGCCCGAAGGGGAGGUAAUUGUGUCGAAAUACAUCACAUGGACUUACCGACCAGCAGUAUUGCAUUUGGAGGAAGUCCCGAUGGUAGGUCAUACCCAGAGGGGACAGAGCUCUACAAACAAGGCAACUGGUGGCAGAGGGAACUCCUGCCCGAGGAAGAUGUGGGUUUACCAAUGGGGAAACCAUACCAUGGAAGAUUCACACAGGGUUACUCAAGGGCAACCAGCGCAUGUGGAGCACCUACCCCAGUAAAGGGCCUACUAGCACAUGUACUUGGCCAGCAUCAAUUUUCUCAGCCGAAUUUGUCUGCCACAGGGCUAAGGAGGGAGGACCUCCAGGCUCCAUAGUCUUGAAAACUCGGAUGGGGGAUGGGGGCGCAGGUCUCCCUUCCAGGAGGGGAAAAAUGCUGUACGCAAGCGGUACACCUGGCCAGUUGCCCAGCAUACUUAUAUAUUCAUACCUGACAACACAAGGGACGAAACCGGCUCAACGUGGAGAUUUUAGAAUCUCGCUGUUGCCAAGCCCGCUGCUCUACAGAUGGUCACACUCCUAGUGGAGUGCUCAAAGCCCCAAGGGGGUGGCACGUCCUGGGCCUGGUAUGCCAAAAUGAUGGUGUCAAUGACCCAGUGUGUGAUCCUCUGUUUGGAGACAGCCUUCCCUUUCCACUGUCCUCCAAAGUAGACAAAAAGCUGCUCAGGUCAUCUAAAGCUCUGCAUGUGAUCCAAGUAGAUGCAGAAAGCACACACCGGACACAGCAACGACAAGGCUGGGUCUGGCUCCUCCUGGGGCAGCACUUGCAGGUUCACCACCUGAUCCCUAAAUGGGGUCGUGGGAACCUUGUGCACAUAGCCUGGUCAGGGUCUCAGGAUCACAUUAGAGUAUGCCGGACUGAACUUCAGGCAGGUGUUGGUGACAGAAAACAUCUACAGGUCCCAACCCUCCUGAUGAAUGUAAGCGCAGUCUGGAGGGCAGUCUUCAAUGAGAGCGCCUUUAGCUCAACUGACUCUAAGGGCACAAAUGGGGCUCUCCGCAGGCGACGCAGGACCAUGGAGAGAUCCCAUGAGGGAAUGAGGUGCAGCAUGGGAGGAUUCAGCCUCAUCGUGCCUCAAUUAACUUGAUGUUCAGGUCAUGCUUCCUGAGGGACUUACCAUCUACUAUAGCAGCCACAUACACAUUCAAGGGGGAGGGGGACUGCCGCCCCUCCAGCCUCUCCUGCAGGAAGUAAAGCACCAAACUGAAUGUGCAUCUCUGGUGGUCUUCACGUUGGGAAGAAAACCACUUAGCGAACAAACGCCCCUUCAAGGCAUAUAGGCGCCUCGUAGAGGGAGCCCUGGCCUGAGUGAUCGUGCGUCCCGUCCAAGGGCCAGACAUGUAGAUUCCAGAGGACUGGUAGGGGAUUCCAGAUGGUGCCCCGUCCCUGAGAGAAGAGGUUCUCCCUCAGGGGAACUCGCCAGGGAGGGGCUAUCACGAGGAGUGUGAGCUCCGAGAACCAAGUCUUGGUGGGCCAGUAGGGAGCCACCAGGAUGACCUGCUCCUCAUCUUCCCUGACCUUGCACAAGGUCUGUGUAAGUAGGCUCACUGGGGAAACACAUAUUUGCGCAGCCUUCGGGGUUAGCUGUGUACCAGAGCAUCUGUUUCGAGGGGAGCCUCGGUCAGGGCGUAUCAGAGCGGGCAAUGGGAGGAUUCCCAGGAAGCAAACAGGUCUAUCUGCGCUUGGCCGAAUUAACUCCAAAUCAGCUGGACCACCUGGAGGUGGAGUCGUGGCCCUAUCCAGGAGGCAUCUGGCGUAACAACAACAUACUUGGACACUUGCACCAAGGGGACCCCUGCCCACAGAAGUGCAAGGUCCGCACCUUGUCUACCUGGAGAAUCGCCAUGUACCCCCUGGCCAUCCCACCAUCAAGGGUAGUGAGAGCAGAGGAGCUCAGAGAUCGGGUCCAGGCAGUAAAGGGUGCCUGCCAUGAUUUUGUGAGUUCCUCGUGCACCUCCGGGAAGAAUUGGACCAGGGAUUGAAGAGUGUUCCACUACAGUCCGACGCUUGUGGCCGCCAGUUCUGCUUCGGCCUCAGACUGGGCGACCGCACCCGAAGAUGGGAGCCCAGUCGAGUCCUCUGCGUCCGACUGUAUGAGCCCAUUCUCAGAUGCUGCGAUCGAGAGCCCGUCCUGUUCCUGAUGCCUGAAUGAGACAUUGAACUCGCCCUGGGGUGAGUCGCCUGUCCCACCCCUGAACCGGGCCAAAUGAGCGUACUAUGGAAUGGGAGGUCCGUGGGGGAUUACCAGGCAGAAUCACUCCCAUUGGGGUCCCCAAAUCGCCCCCAGUGCUAACCGACAUAGCCUCAUACCCGUAGGUAGAAGGACCGAGGCGGGGAGCAGCUGGAGUGGCUUUCCCUCUGAAGACGUAAAACCGCAACGUUGCCAUGGUCAUGUUCUCGCAAUGAGAAUAUUGGCAUAGUGUGCUACUGGGUGAGAACCUUUAGCCAAAUUAAUGCUGCUAAAAAAGUUUUAUUUAGGUGUUGAUUUGAUUGAACAGGGCUUACAGUAGUCAGACCUUGGUGUUUCUAGUACAGCUGAACACCAUUAUGAAUGCAGUUUCAUAGAUUUGGGGAUUUAGUAAGAGGCAAAUACUUUUUUCACACAGGCCCAGUUGGAAUUGGAAUUUUUUUUUGCUUCAAUAAAUAACAUUAUCAUUUAAAAACUGUAUUUUAUGUUUUCUCUGAUUGCCUUUGCUCUAUGGUACAAUUUUGUUUUAAACAGAAGAAAUCGGGAUGGGGCAAAUAUUUUUUCACAGUUCUGAAUGUAAAAUAUACCUUUCUAGAUAUUGUAUUAUGGACAAAUAAAAUUAUCUUCUUGUGCAUAUCAAUGUUAUGGUCUAACCUGCCUCCACCCUCACCAUGCUUUUAAACCCUGACAUGCAAUCAAUCCCUUGGCAGAAAGGGCAGAAUUCUCCCACAAGUGCCAUUUUGUAUUGCACCCUUCAACAACUAGCCCUAUUUCUGACUGACCACGGUCUCCAUAUUUCAUGAGGCAGAAGCAAACACUAUCUGUUCUAUCUAUAGUGGUUUACCGCAGCUCACAGUAUGAGACAUGAUCCAUGAACACCCACAGUCAAACAUGUUUUCAAAGUGCUGUUGCUUCUUGAAAAGGGCUCUGGAUCACCUGCAUGCCUCCCUUCAAUCCCACUACAAGGUGAAGGGAUUUGAUGGAUUAGUAGUUUAGAAUUUAGAAUCAUGAAUUUGAUACGUUUGUUAAAAACUGAAAGAACCCUCCAGGAAUUAAAGUCAGGGUCACUUAGAUUAAAUCUCAGAUUCUGGGUAAAUAUGAGAAUGAUAAACUUUAUUCUAAUGUUUACAGUUUAAACUCAGAGAUGUUUAAUGAAUGUCAGCAAAGGUGUGACACCAGAACAUACACAAGAGCCUCAGGAACAGUACAAGGAAAGGAGAAUGAGAAAGUAUUAGAUACAGAUAAACUGCUUAGCUGAAUGCAUGCCCCCCACUCUCACCUUCUUAAAACAUUUGUCUUUAUGUGAACCAUGCAACACUAGUAGCAACCUGGAGUAAAAAGGGAAAACAUGGGAAUAUUUUUGUAAAUUAAAAGUUUUAAAUAUUAUUUAUUUGCUAUUUGUUGUUCUUAAGACAAAGAUGGGUGAGCCAGAAACUGACUGAAUUUUUCUUCCUGUUUUGUUUUGUUUUUCCCCUUUGCAACAUGUCUAUUGUCUUGCCCCUCCCUCUGUUCACUCUUCUAACUGUUUUCUCAGUGGUUUUGUAUCUAUAUUUGUAUUAAUUGUUUAGACUGUUGCAGAAACUCUGUGAUAUUGAAAUUAAACAAAAAUGAAUUAAAAAAAAACACCAAGUGUCUUAAAAUAUUGUAUUGCCAUUGUUUUUAAUGCCAAGUAUGACUUGUUAAUGUUUGUGUUUCAGAUGUGGCCUCAAAAUUAUUAGUAUUCUUAUUAUUAUUAUCAUUAUUAUUAUUAUUAUUAUAGCAUUUAUUUGAAAAAGUGCUAUAGACCACUGAUGUAGUUAAUAUUGUUCAUUGAUAUGAAAUAAAUAUUUAUGAAAUUUAACCAUGUAGUUUGUGUUUUAACAGGUAUUUUAGAGCUAAUUGUUUCAACCUAAUCAGUAGAUGGCAGACAUGUUUAACAUUAGGUUUAGAAAAUCCUCACCAUUAGUUGAAACCCACGCAGACUGCAGGGUGAGCACCCCCUGCUGGACUCACUAAAACUUUUUCAGAAUGUGUCCCAUCCAGUUACUGACCAGGCUCAACCCUAGUCUUGAGCUACAGGGUAAAAUGGCUGCUGAAGUUAAAAAGCUACUAACUAAGGACUACCACAUGCAUGUGACUGUACAUGCCUAAACGUUGUGGUCCUUAUCUAGCAACUUGUUAGCAACAUACAUUUUUAAAAACAGGGCAUCUUCGUUUGUUUGGUGUAUGACUGUGUAUGAUUUAUGUUGUAGAACAAAUGUAAUGUUUACCACAGACCAUAUUUUACUCAUAAAUCCAAAACUGUCAUUAUAAAGUAGAAACUCAUUGGAAAAACAGUGAGGGAAAACAUGGCUUGAAAUGCUAAUUCUCUAAUUGGUUUUUUGACUACAACCUGCACAGCUCUAUCAGCUAGCAGUAUGUGAAGAUAGUAGGCAAACCAGUUAGCUUGUGAGCUACUUAAAAGUGGGUGAGUAGUUGAUGUUCCUUUUCAUCUUGCGGAGAUGCACACAGAUAUAAUUGGGCUGUGUCUGAAUACAGGAUGUGUCCGAAUACAGGAUGUGUCCUAUAACCAACUGAGUGCCAAUGUCUCCCGAGAGUCUCAUUUGCUGUUUCUAAGGUUAGGGUUAAGGCCAAAGAAUACUUCGGUAGUUGGCAUUGUCACAGUAGGCUAGAUGCAAAAUUCUUAAUCAGCAAAGUCUACACAGACCCGUCCACAUGUGACCCAGAUUUUCCAGUCUGCACAGUUUAAACUCAGAGAUGUUUACAGUUUAAACUCAAUCAGAUCAAACAUGUUCGUAUUUGCUCGGGGUCAAAAGAGUAUACUUUGAAAGGCAAUGCGGUUGGCCGGGUGUGAUCCAAUUCGGAAUGCACAAACAUGAAGUAUACCCAGGUCUUUAGAUUUAGUGUUUGGAUUAGGUCUAGGGUCAGGAGUAGGGUUUCUGUGGGAUUCCAGAUUAGCAUAAACACAGUGUGUGAACAUCAGAUGUGACUCUCGAAAGACUUCUGGCCUCCGGAUGGUUACCUUCUAGACAUGACCCUGUACACUUACUUCCCUACAUUAUAGUAUGCCAAAAACAGUAUGCCAGUACAAUCGUAUAUCUGUAUUCAAUUCAACAUUCCAACUUCCUAAUAGAAAAAUUGUAAUGGAAAGCCACUUGAAGUCAGACUUCCAAUUUGGAAACUUGUGAAGAAAUGUUCAAUUCAAUUUCACCAAGAUGCGGGUGCAUGACGUCACACACACACGUCGGCUUUCAGGGAGAUGCACAAAUUUAGAGAGUAAGAGUAAGUGAAAAAUACCCGGAUGACAUACUGUUUUUGAUGAGAUUCUGAAUUGUGGAUUAACUGGACUCUUUACUAUCCCAUAAUCCCAUGGGAAUUUAGUAGAUGUCAUGCU